AUGGCACUCAAUGAUCAAGAAGUUGGAUAUUCUUCAAGCUAUUGCCGUUCAAAUAGAAGACACAAGUAUGAUGUGUUUUUAAGUUUUCGAGGAGAAGACACCCGUAAGAAUUUUGCAGACCACUUAUAUGCUGCUUUGUGUCACAAUGGACUGAUAACCUUUAGAGAUGAGGAAGAACUUGGGAGGGGAGAAAUUAUCAAACCAAGUUUGCUUCAAGCAAUUGAAGAAUCUUUGUCAGCAAUUAUUGUUCUCUCUGAAAACUAUGCUACAUCCACAUGGUGCUUAGAUGAACUCCUAAAGAUCCUUCAUUGUAAGAAAGAGUUAGGCCUUCAUAUAUUUCCAAUCUUUUAUGGCAUAGAUCCGUCUGAUGUUCGGCAUCAAAAAGGAAGUUUUGCAAAAGCCUUUGAAAAGCUUGAACAGAAAUUUGCACAUGACAAAGUGAAGGUACAAAGAUGGAGGGAUGCCUUGAGAGAAGUUGCUGACUUGGCUGGAUGGAGCUCUGAAAAUUGGUAUGAAACGAAACUCAUUGAAAUAGUUACUGAAAAUGUGAGGUCAAGAAUAGUUGAUCACCCACAAUUCGAUUCAAAUGAUGAAGGUGUUGAUGAUGGACUUGUUGGAAUUGAUGAGAAAAUAGCAGAUUUUGAUUCAUUUCUAGCGAAUAAAUCGGAGGAAGUUCAAUUUCUAGGAAUAUGGGGAAUGGGAGGGUUAGGCAAAACUACUCUUGCUAGAAUUGUUUAUGAGAGAAUACACAGAAACUAUGAAGUUCAUUUAUUUCUUCAUAAUGUUAGAGAGGAAUCUGUAAAAGAUGGUGGUUUAAUUUCACUGCAACAAAAACUUCUUUCCCGUUUGAAAAAAUCAAUCAGAAUGGAAGUGUGUGACUGUUAUGAUGGAAGAAAGCUGAUAAGAAGAAUGUUAUGCAGUAAAAAAGUUCUACUUGUCCUUGAUGAUGUGAGUGACAUAAGCCAACUUGAGAAUUUGGCUGGAAAGGAAGGAUGGUUUGGCAAAGGGAGCAGAAUAAUAAUAACAACUAGAGAUCAACAUGUGUUAUUGUUGCAUGGUGUAGUUUCUCAGUAUGAAAUGAAUUUCUUAAGUCACGAUGAAUCCCUUCAACUUUUUAUUCAAAUAGCUUUCAAAGGAGAUCAGCCAAAUGAAGAUUAUUUGGAGCUUUCUAGAAGGGCGAUUAAUUCUGCUCAAAACCUUCCUUUGGCAAUCAAAGUGCUUGGUUCAUUUCUUUGUGGAAGAAGCAUACCAGAAUGGGAGAAUGCACUCAAGAAGAUUCCUUUAGAUGGCCUUUUUGAUAUACUUAAAGUGAGCUUUGAUGGACUGCGAGAUAAUGAGAAGAAUAUAUUCUUAGAUAUUGCUUGCUUUUUCAAUGGCUUGCGCAAGGAUGAUGUCAUACAGAUUUUAGAAAAUAGUGGUCUUCACCCAAUAAUCGGAAUAAGAACUCUUAUUCAGAAAUCAUUGGUAACUGAAGCUAAAGGGCGCUUGAGGGUGCAUGAUAGGCUUCAAGAAAUGGGCAAGGAAAUUGUUUUUCGCGAAUCAACCAAUGAUGCUGGCAAUCGUAGUAGGAUAUGGUCCUUGGAGGAUGCUAGUCUUGUGCUUAGAAAUAUGAGGGGAACUGAAGCAAUACGUGGUAUAGUGGUACAAUUUGACAAACCAGAUGUCAUAUAUUUGGAACCUAAAGCCUUCUCAAAUAUGAGUAAUCUCAAGUUACUUAUCAUAUCACAUUCUUCACAUGACCAAUUGAAUCUUCUUCAUGGACUUAACUGUCUCCCCAAUUCACUGAAAGUCAUAGAUUGGAAGGAGUAUCCUUUAGAUUCCCUUCCAGGUCAAACUCAAUUUGAUGAACUUGUUGAUCUCAAAAUGCAACACAGCAAAUUAAAGGAACUUUGGAGGGGAGAUCAGUUUCCACAAAGUCUAAAGUUCAUUGAUUUGAGUCAUUCAACAAACCUGAUGAGAACAUCAAACUUUGAUAGAACUCCUAAUCUUCAAAGAUUAAUUCUUAAGGGGUGUACAAAGCUUGUUGAAGUUCACUGCUCUUUCGGGCAACACAAGAAUCUUGUCAUUGUUAAUUUUAAAGGUUGUAAAAGUAUUAAAAACCUUCCAACCAAAUUGGAGAUGAAUUGCUUAGAGACAUUUAUUCUCUCUGGUUGUUCAAAAGUUAAGAGGCUUCCUGAGUUUGGAAAAGGUAUGACAUGUUUAUCAAAGCUUAAUCUAAAAGGGACUGCUAUAUCCAAACUACCUCAAUCAUUGGUCAAUUUGACUGGUCUUGUUAUAUUGAAUUUAAAGUAUUGCAAAAGCCUGGUAUGUCUUCCAAGUGAUUUUAAAAAAUUGAAAGCUAUAAAGAAGAUCAAUAUUCGUGGCUGCUCAAAGUUGUCAAGGCUUCCAGAGAAUUUGAAUGAAAAUGAGGCAUUGGAGGAGCUUGAUGUGGGUGGGACUGCUCUAAAAGAAGUGCCUUCGUCCCUCAAUAAUUUGAAAGUAUUAUCUCUUAGUGCAUGCAAUUCUUCUGCACAAUCAUCCUCAUGGAAUCACUACUCUCUUCUCAAGCGGGCAUUUAGACUUCAAAGGCCUUCAAGUUCAACUAAGUUUUUGUGGUCUCCAUCUUUUUCAAAUCUAUCAUCUUUGGUCGAGUUACAUUUAAAUGGUUGCAAUCUUGAUGAUGAAUCACUAUCCAGUGAAAUAGGCAAUUUAUCAUCAUUGACAGCAUUAGGUUUGGCUGGAAAUAAUUUUGUUGAAAUUCCUUUGAGGUUCAUUUCCAAACUUCGAAAGCUUGAAUUUAUUUAUUUGAAGGAUUGCCCAAGGCUUCGGUCUUUGCCUCAACUUCCAGCAAACCUGUCAGUGAUACAUGCUGGUGAUUGUCCAUUAUUGAAAAAUUAUGUGUGUUCACAGCAACUAUGGGAAUUCACUGAGGAAUUUGAAUAUCAGACUUCACGCCGAUAUGAAUUCUCAUCAGUAGACGGAUAUAAAGUUUACACUUUCAGUGACAUGACGUCUGCAUUUGUGAGACGGAACGAGUCACAAGUUGAUGACUUCUUCCUGCAACCGACUCGCAUAUUAACUAUUCCUGGUAGUGAAGUGCCAUCAUGGUUUCACAAUCAAAGCUAUUUUUGUGCGAAAGAUCUCUCAUUUGAGGAUACUCCAACAAAUGUGUCAUUCAUAGUAAAUAAGCCUGAUUCAUGCUGUUCAAGUGAAUGGUGGGGCAUAGCUGUAUGCCUAGUGCUAGAAAAUGAUUCGGAACAUGCAAACUAUGAUGAUUUUGCCGUACUUGGUUGGACUUAUAGAGUUUCUGAAGUGCAGUGUGGGUGGCGCGUGUUGUGUAAAGAAGAUGUUGAGAGAUGGCGAAACACAAGCAGUGACGAAGGCUGUAGUGUCAGCACUACUGAUGAUAAGUUCAUUGAUGAAUCUAGAUGAUGAGUUUGAUGAUGGAGUGCCCAGCCCUUCCAAGCAAUGAGAAAAGUUGGAACAACCACUUGACAUUGAGCUCAAACAAAACGGAGG